UCAAUCAACCACUGUCACAAUGAAGAAAAAACUUGUUCGAAAUUCGAAUCUCGUUUUGAAGUUAGCAAGAGGCCUUCGUGUUCCCGACUGCGAGAUUCAAAUACGCCUCAGUGACAAAGAAUGUUCCCCAGCUCCUAGAUAUAGUGGGAGUAGAAUAUUGUUUGACUAUGUGGAUUAUGAAAUGGUCACACUUGCUGACUUUAAGUCUGUGGCAGAAUUUAAAGGGUGCAAAAACCCUAUGAGACUGCAUACAUAUGUUGGUGGUGGGAGUUUCAUGUUACUUUCAACAGAGACUGAUCUUGAGAGUGAGAAUGAUAGUGAGGUUGACAAGUUGGAUGACAUCUUGUUUGAUGAAAAUAUGGAUGAAUUUGAGGUUGAGGUUGGGGCUGAGGCAGAGGAGGGUGAGGUUGAGGAUGAGGCUGAGAAGGUUGAGGGUGAGGGUGAGAAGGGUGAGGGUGAGGGUGAGGGUAAGGUUGAGACUGAGCUUGGGGUUGAGAAGGGUGAGCUUGGGGCUGAGAAGGUUGAUGAGGGUGAGGAGAGUGUUGAAGAUUUAAAUCAGGUUGUGGAUGAGGUUGCUGAGUUUAUGGCUAAGAAUGGUGGGUUUGAUGAUGAUGGUGGGGUUGGUGGGGAGAGUGAGGAGAGUGAGGAUGAUAUUUUGGAUUGGGAGUAUGAUAUGGAAGCUGACAAGGUAGAUGACAAGAUGUUUGAUGAUAAUGUGGAUUUUGAUGCUGAAUGGUGGCAUGGUCAGGGGGAAGGUGUUAAGAAAUGUGUAAAUGAUGUAAAAAGAAAAUUUUUAUUCUUUCAAGUUAGAAGGAUGACAGACAAAGCUCCUGCAAUAGGAAUUUCAACUCAAGAGAGUGUUGUAACUGGUGAAGGCCAAGCCCACAAGAAAAGAAAGAAAGGGAAAAAACAAACCACAGUCCCAAAAUUCAUUCAAGCACCUUCAAUGUACCAUCAAUAUACUUCUGCUCAAGGGGGUCCAACUUCUGGGGUGAACAUUAGAGGUCCUCCUACAUUUCAGGUGGGUCUAUUUAUACCAAGUCAAGAAAGUUGCCUUUCAGAGAGGGACACUAGGCUCAAACAAAUAUUUCAAGAAGGAGGACAGAAGUACAUAUUUGUGUCUGAGCUUAUGUCUGGCACGAACAAUCCAAAGAAGAGUGAUGAUGAUAGAGGAAAACAGAAAUUGCUGUGA